AUGACUGAAAAUCCUUUGGUCUCGUUCGGCAAGCAAAUCAAAUUCGAGGACUCACAGGCGAUGAAAUACCAUUGGGAGUUUAAGGUCGAACCCCGCACGGUCAUGGAAUACAUCGGGCAGGUUCUGGCCUGGCUGCGACUGUGCAUGCUCGAAGAUCCGAACGACGGCUUCAACGGCACGGAGUACUACGAGGACAAAGUCCUGCUGUUCGACUCACUGUCCGAGGACUGGGGCGCGGAAGCAACUAUUGGUUUCUCGGGGCAGGACCUUUUCAACGUGCUGACGACGAGAUGCGAUGCAAUUUCAGAAUCAGAGGAUUACCAGGCGGCACAUAAAACCAUUUGGAGGCUGCUGACGCAAUCAAGUAUGCAGAAGAUUACGCAUGGGAAGAAUUUAACCAAGGGACUCGCGCUGGGCGUUCUGUGGGAUAUGGAAGAGAACCAGGGGAAGGAUGUAGCGCCCGGGACGUUUGCAGAAUUGCUCCGGUACGGUAGUGUGCAUUUUGAGCAAGAACGGGAGGAAAUUAGGUACGUCAAGGCUCAAAGGCCGGAGCAUACCAUCAAAAAGGGGCUACUAGAGCCUUAG